ACCACUCCGGAACUUCCGGCCAGGGCCGCCAUUUUGACUUCGCGACCUUGGACUCCAGCUGCGCGUUACCUGCAGUCUACUCCGUGCCGUCAUGUCUGUGCUAACUCCGCUGCUGUUGAGAGGCCUGACAGGCCCUGCCCGGCGGCUCCCGGUGCCGCGUGCCCAGAUACAUUCCAAGCCGCCGCGGGAGCAGCUCGGGACCAUGGAUAUCGCCAUUGGGCUCACCUCCUGCUUCCUGUGUUUCCUCCUGCCUUCCGGCUGGGUCCUGUCACACCUGGACAGCUACAAGAAGCGGGAGUGAUGGGAGCUGUCCUCUCCCUCACCCCGAGACCUGACCGCCCCGGCCUGUCCUGAUCACGUCUGCUGCGUUCCUGGCCGGCCUCCCCUGGACCAUGUCCUUCUGUUACAGUGACCUCUUCUGCAGUCACGACGUCUUGAUUUCUCCACGGUGACAUCCUGGGACCACAUGUAUCUGAAGAAGGCCCUGCUCAGUAGGGCCUCCCCUGUAACAAUAAAGUCUGUUUAAAGCGUGCUUCAAGGGGAAUCCCCUGGUGGUCCAGUAGGGUCCAGUAGGACGCUGCGCUUUCACAGCGGGUGGGGGUGGGGGUUCGACCCCUUGGUGGGGAACUAAGAUCCGCAAGCUGCACGGUGUGGCCAAAAAAUAACAAAAUUAUUAAUAAACGCCGCUUCAGAAAGUC